ACCAUUAAGGAACCACAUGAAACUGUCUCUAACGACGUUCCUCAUUAUCCUACAUGUUUAUCAACAUGAUAAACUCCACCCACGAAACAAGUUCCUUGCUUCUUGGCCUUGCGUGUCCCAGCCAAGUUCCCAAAUUGAACAAACCAGAAAAUCAACUUUUUUCCUACGAAUAAUAAAUAACUCAUAAUGGAGCACGAGCCGCAAAGGAAGGAAGGGAAGGCAAGGAAUGCCAAAUUGAGCUACUUGUUGCCAUGAAGGAGGGAAAGUUGUUUUCCGAUUAGUCGAAAUCAGUGCCACUAACCUAGUGCAACUCAGAACGUCGUAUUCGGAGAAAUUCGGAAAAAUUCUAGGCACUACAAAAUUUAUUUCAAAAUCAACGAUUAAUUCAUAAUGAAUUCAAGAUUUAGCCCCGAGGAAUGGGAAAUGGACCGUAAUGGAUUAAAUAAGCUGCUGGCCAGAUCGCUUAAGGAGCCCAUUCUGGGAAAGCAUUUUGCCCUUCCCGGCCGAACAGGUCAGGGCCAACCCAUCGAACUGGACACCAGUCAGAGCUACAUUGCCGUAUACACUCAUCUUAAGGUGUACGCCACCGGAAUGCCAGAGAGAUUGCCCACACCAGAGGCGAUUGGACGAGUGCAGGCGGAAAACCAAUCAAAUUUAGAGGGAAAGACUAAGACUAAAUCUGCCAAGGCACGCGGAGAUCCUGUUUAAUUUGCUUGUCGGUUCUUUUAGAAUUUUCCUUUCCUGCUCGGAAGGCAUCCAAAACCCCAAUCGAGUGAUUAUCGAAAUAUUUUAAUAUGUAUGCUUGAUAAUACAGCGUCAGCUUAACAAUUUUUUUUGUUAAUAAAUCAUUUUAAUUGCAAAUAGAAUAAAA